UUUCUAUCAACCUGUACCCAUCACAGCAAUACGUAAAUCAGGCUUUUAUUGAUGUUAUACACUUUUUAAAUUGGACCCGCUUCGGAAUUUUGCAUGAACGAGAAUAUGAUAUUACAGCAGCAAAUGAAUGAAUACAAAUACCAUUACUUGUUUACUACCUUUGACUUGGAGACUUAUGACCUGGAAGACUUUAAAUAUAACUUUGUGAACAUAACGUCGUUUAGAUUGGUCGACAUAGGAGAUGUCGGUGUAAAACAAAUUUUGAAGGAUAUAGGAUCCUAUAGUCACCAUGUCUUUCAAAAACCAUAUGUAAAUCAGCAUCUUAAAAACAUAGAUUUUCUUGAGUCAGAACCAGCUUUAAUGUUCGAUUCAGUGUACGUGUUCGCCAUUGGAUUGCAGACAUUGGAGCAAUCACACACCUUGAACCUAACGAACUUAAACUGUGAAGAGGAAAAUCCAUGGAACGGUGGCCUCAGCCUAAUCAAUUACUUGAAUGCGGUUGAAUGGAGAGGUCUUACAGGUCCUAUUCAAUUUAAGGAAGGACAGCGAGUCCAGUUUAAGUUGGAUCUUAUAAAGUUAAAACAACAUUCUGUUGUAAAAGUUGGGGAGUGGACUCCACAUGGGCAUCUAAACAUUACCGAACCAUCAAUGUUUUUUGAUUCUGGGUCCAUGAAUGUGACACUCGUAGUCAUAACAAUACUGGAAACUCCCUAUGUAAUGAUGCAUUAUGGGAAAAAUUUUACGGGCAACGAGCGAUUUUAUGGAUUUUGUGUUGAUAUAUUGGAAACCAUUUCUCACGAGGUUGGUUUUGACUACAUAUUGGACUUGGUACCUGAUAGAAAGUAUGGUGCCAAAGACCCAGAAUCUGGUGAAUGGAAUGGAAUGGUCGCUCAACUGAUGAAAUAUAAAGCAGACUUGGCCGUUGGCUCUAUGACUAUUACAUAUGCAAGAGAAAGUGUUAUUGAUUUUACCAAACCAUUUAUGAAUUUGGGAAUAAGUAUUUUAUUUAAGGUCCCGACCCCGGAGCCAACAAGACUGUUCUCCUUUAUGAAUCCAUUGGCAAUAGAAAUCUGGAUAUAUGUGCUGAUUGCGUAUUUUCUCGUAUCCAUAUGUAUAUAUAUUGUGGGAAAACUUUCGCCUAUCGAGUGGAAAUAUAUUUACCCCUGCGACCUAGAUAAUAUUUCAAUUGGCAACCAGUUUUCUCUCACUGACAGCUUUUGGUUUACCAUUGAAACACUUAUGCAGCAGUCAACCGAUAUUUAUCCAAGAGCUCUAUCAACAAGAAUAAUAAGCAGUGUCUGGGGUUUUUUUUCGCUGAUUAUAGUAGCAUCUUACACGGCUAAUUUGGCUGCCUUUUUGACCACUGAGCGUAUGAUUAACCCCAUCGAAAACGCAGAAGAUUUGGCUUCUCAAACGGAGAUAUCUUACGGCACUUUAGAUAGCGGAUCUACGAUGACAUUUUUUCGGGACUCAAUGAUAGAAACAUACAAAAAAAUGUGGAGGAGCAUGGACAAUAAGAAUCCCUCAGCAUUCACCUCUACAUAUGAGGACGGUAUAAAACGAGUGAACCAGGGCAAUUAUGCGUACUUGAUGGAGUCUACGAUGCUUGAUUAUAUAGUGCAGAGAGACUGCAAUUUGACACAAAUCGGAGGAUUGUUGGAUACAAAAGGGUAUGGUAUCGCAACACCAAAAGGCUCACCUUGGCGCGAUAAAAUUUCGUUGGCUAUACUUGAGCUUCAGGAAAAGGGCGAUAUUCAAAUGCUGUAUGACAAGUGGUGGAAAAAUACUGAUGAAACAUGCACCCGCAGAAGCUUUAGCAAACAAUCUAAAGCAAAUGCCCUUGGACUAGAAAGUAUUGGUGGUGUGUUUGUGGUUUUAAUAUCUGGCAUUUUGGUGGCUGCGGUUGUGGCGUUUUUUGAAUUCUGGUAUAAUUUUCGAUACCAACAGAAAUCUAGACCGAAUCAACAGAGCGUCAACCAUUGUUCCGCACUGGAAAAAGAAUGGACUUACACCCCACCAAAGCGUUGCUUCUGGAUCGAAUUUCUUGAAGAACUACGAUAUGCCUCUUGGUGUAUGAACAAGCAAAAAAGACCUGAACUGAAUCGAGUUUGUAGUGAGUGUAAGAUUCCGUGAAACUAUUUUGGCGAUUUCAACUUAGUUUUAAAAUUUUGUAAGUUUUAAAGUUUUUAAACUUCAGUUUCUUUAACAAUUGAAUGUUACUAAAUAUGAUCAAAUGUUUCUUAUAACAAAACGAGAACUUGUUGCAUUACGUGUUAAAAUAAAUGAUUGCAUAAAAUAUUUUUAACCAA